AUGGAGAAAGGCCCCCAACAACCAACCACCUUGGACCACGCUGAGUACCUAGACAACUCCCCGCAGAGCCGACUCGCCGCCCACCACCACCCCUCGACGCUGGACAAGCACUCCAUGACCUGCCUUCGCGUCUGGUCCGCCGCGACGUCGAUCAGAACGAAUAAGGCUGGGCGCACGUGCCGGUUCACAGGCGUGGUCGACAGCAACUACGGCCGCAACAGCGACGGCACAGGCGGGGAAGAUGCCAACCAGACAACCUCCCCUCCCCCGCUAGCUACUCCAGCAACGGCUGCCGCUCUGGACAACGUCUACACGCAGGACUGCUUCACAGAUAAUAUCCACUCGUAUUUUUGA